AUGUCGAAAUUUCUGAUUUUGGCACUUUUCGUGUCGGGAGCCUCGGCUCAGACGUGUAACACUGGCGGCAUCUAUAGUGCACAGUUUAAUAGAUGCUAUCAAUACUUCACAGCUCCCGCGCAAUUCGAGUUCGCCGAGGAACAAUGCGCCCUGUUGGGCGGACACUUGGCAUCCAUCCAAAAUGGCGCAGAGAACGCAUUAAUCCAGUCAAAUGGAGCGAAUUCGUUCAGAAAAUCAAAUUAUUCGGAUUAUUGGAUUGGAGCAAACGAUUUGGAGACAACUGGAACCUGGAAAUGGACAGAUCCAUCCGUCCCAUUCAGCUACAGUAACUGGCAAAUCGGCGAGCCACAAUCCGGGUCCGAUUGUGCGAUUCAGGAUAAGGGCGAUGGUACAUGGUCGGCGAUUGGAUGCACUUCUUAUCGACCAUUUGUCUGUGUCACUCCCGUUAUCAUCACUGCCACGUGUCCACCAAUCACUACCCCUAAACCAACCGUCUGCCCAACACCAACACCAUGUCCAGUGAAGAACUGUGUCCCAUCGUGUGAUCAAGGAUGGACCUAUUUUGCACCAACCGAUUUCUGCUAUCGUGUCUACCAUAAUGCCAAAUGGGACGAUGCGGAGGCCGCUUGCGUUCUUUUGGGCGCCCAUUUGGCGUCCGUCCAUUCGGAGACCGAGAACACUUUUGAAGGCAAUCCCAAGGAUCUGGCAUGGAUCGGAAUGCACAAAGUGGGACAAGACUGGGUGUGGACCGACGGAACCAAAGCGGACUACAUCAACUGGGCUCCCAAACAACCCGACAACCCGGGAAAAGAAAAUUGCGUCGAAACCGCGCCAGACCUUUCCCACGACAAGUGGUACGAGAACUGGAAUAACGAGGCGUGCAACACCGUAAUGAGAGCCUAUGUCUGCAAGAAAAGAUCCAUCCAUGCGUAG